AUGCACCACUCCAACGCCUCCUCGAGCUCCGACCUCCUCAAGCGCUGGCUGCGCCCAGCGGAUUUCACCAACGACAUCAGCCGCUACAAGAAGCGCUACGUCGCCGGAACCCGCGAGUGGCUUAUCCCGGUAUUCCACGACUGGCUCCACGAUCCCCAAAAGCCAUUCAUUUGGCUGCAGGGUGGCUCGGGUCUCGGCAAGUCGGUGAUUGCUUGGUUCCUGUCCCAGAACGUUCCCGAGGAUAUCCAGUUUGGCACCAUUGCCUUCUGCCGACACAACGAUACCAACAAAAACACUGUGCGGAGCAUCAUCAAGUCGAUUGCCUAUGGCUUGGCUGUGCGCUUCCCUUCGAUCAAGACCCAUCUCGAGUCGCUUGCGAUGCUGGACCAGCAUGACCAGGACGAGGGCCGUGCCAGCAUCUUGCACCAGCCCAUCAACGUCCUCCUCGAGACCCUCAUCUUCGACAGCGUCAAAAGCCUCAGCGACGAGGGGCUCCCCACCAUCAUCAUGAUCGAUGCACUGGACGAAUGCGGCACCCAGCGCAGCUCCGAGCGCCGCGAGCUCAUCAGCGCCGUCAAGUACUUGAUCGAGCGCCAGUCGGGCUCCCUGGUCAAGCUCUUUGUGACGUCCCGCCCAGAGAAAGACAUCUGGGAGUCGCUCGAGGGGAUGAACACCUUCGAGCUCCAGCGCCAGCUCAACGAAGGCGACAUCCGGAUCUAUAUCCAGAGCCGGCUGCAGGUCUUUGCUGAGUUUCAGAGCCCAGAAUUGCUCGAGACCUGCGUCUCGCGCCUGACGGCCAAGGCCGACGGUGUCUUCCUGUACGCUCGCUUGGCCUGCGACCAGCUUGAAAAGGGCCGUCCUCAGGACUCGGCAGCCAUGCUGGAGCUCAUCAAUACGCUGCAGCCUUACAUGGAUGAUGUCUACGAACGGCUUCUGCUGAAUGCGUAUCCAAACGCCAACGACGACAGCGCCGACUGGAACACGGUCUUUAACCGCUUCAAGCUCGUCCUGGGCAUUAUUUUGGUCGCCAAGGAGCCCAUCACACAAAAGACAAUCGCCGAGCUCCUGCAUGUGUCUGAGAGCGUCGUUGGCAGUGUGUUGAUGCGGAUUCGCUCUAUCCUCCACUACAGCAACCAGACUGUGUCCCUGAUUCACAAGAGCUUCAAAGACUACAUCACCGAGCGCUGCGACAAUCCUCAGUUCCACGUCCCUCUUAAGGAUGUUGAGUACCACAUGGCCAAGGGCGCCCUUUCCAUCCUGAUUCACAACCUCAAAGCCGACCUGCUGGGUAUUGAGGAUCCCCUCAACACCUUUGACCCCGAAGACGCCGGGCUUCCCGAAGGGCUGGUGUAUGCGUGCAAAUACUGGGCCGAGCAUGUGGACGCCGCCAAGAACCACUCGCGCUUCCAGAAGACCCUGGCUCCAGCGAUCGAGAUCUUUGCAUCCACCCACAUGCUCCACUGGAUCGAGGCCAUGGUGAUUCUGCAGAGUCUCGAUACCGUUCCAUCGACCUGUGUCGCGAUGACCGAGAUCAUCAAAGACGAUGAGUUCACUCACAGCAUCUUUGACGACUGCAACCGCAUGAUCCGCCGGUUCCGCAACGCCAUCUCGUGGAACCCCCUCCAGAUCUACUAUACCGUCCUGCCGUUCCUGCCCAAGAAGACCUCGAUCUAUCAGUCCUAUCGCGACAAUGAUUUGAUGGGCUUCCGCAUCGUCCUUGGUUAUGACGAGGUCUGGAGCGCCGAGAUCUCGUCACUGACCAGCCACAGCGAGCCCGUCGCCUCCGUGCGAUUUUCCAAGGACGGCCAGCGCCUGGUGUCGGGCGCCUUGGAUGCCACGGCCAAGAUCUGGAGCGUCAGGGCCUGGACGCUCGAGAAGGAUCUGAAGGGACACAGCCACGGCAUCCAGUGCGUCGACCUUUCGCCCGACGGCGGCACGGCAUGCUCUGUCAGCGACGACGGGCAAAUCAAGCUCUGGGACGUCCUUACCGGCCAACUCAUCGCCACUCUCGCUAGCGAGCAGCACCAUCUGCGCUUUUGCCGAUUUGCGCCCGAUGGCGGGUCCUUGGCGACAGGAUCCCUCAACGGCGUCAUCUGCAUCUGGGACAUGGUCACCCGAACCUGCAUCCGGACGCUCGAGAGCCACGUCGACCAGGUGUACUGCAUGGAGUACUCCCGCGACGGCACCAUGAUAGCCUGCGGCACAAACAGCAGCGAGGAUGGAGUCAUUUUCUGGAGCACCGCCAACGGCAACAUCAUCACGGGCUUCCCAAAGACCAGCGGUCCUGUGCACGCGAUUGCCUUCUCGGCCUCCAACAAGAUGCUUGCCUCCAGCACCGCCGACAAUAUGAUCCGCAUCUGGAGCCUGGACGAACAAAAGCUCAAGUACUCCUUCCACGGCCACGACAGCGCCAUCCGCGCCCUGGUCUUCUCGCCGACCAAGAACGACAUUCUGGCCUCGGGCUCCGACGGCGGUACCAUCAAGCUAUGGGAUGUCGAAACAUCCGGCUUCCUGACGUCGCUCAAAGGGCACCCCGGUCGCAUCAAGUCGCUAGACAUUUCGCCCGACGGCUCGACCCUGGCCUCGGGCUCGGUUGACCAGACCGUCCGGAUCUGGGACAUCAAGUACACCAACAAGGCCUACAUCAGCCCGCAGACGCACAUUCAGCAGAACGUCUCGACGCCCAAUAACUUUGAGAUCAAGUCCAUCAAGAUGUCGCGUGAUCUGAAGCGGCUCGAGAUCAAGUCCACGCAGAACCUCAACAUCGUCACCACCGUCUGGGAUUUGGGCACGGGGAAGCGCAAGGCCUGGGGCGGUUUGAUGGGUCUCAUUGGCGGCGGCCAGUUCUAUCCCGAGGAGCAAACCAGCGUCAUGGUCUGGCUCGACGAUGAAGGCUGGCUCUUCCUGGAAGGCCGGGAGCGGCUGCUCUGGUUGCCCGAGGGAUUCCGAAAACCAUACCGGAUCGCCGCCUGCUUCAACAAUCUGCUUGCUCUGGUGUCGGACCGGGGCGUGCUGGUUGUCCUGGAGAAGAAAAAGGGCAACUGGAGACUGGCGUCGAAGGCUCACUAG